GGCUUGGCUGUCAGGUCCCUUCGCCUUUUGUUCGGUUACUGAGUUGCUGCCUUGGCCAGAGUCCGGAGCAGCCGCCGCCCGAGCGCGCCGAGCUCAGUUCGCUGCCCGCUCCGGCUCCUACCCGGCCCGACCCAGGCUAGGCUCCACUCGCAGCAGCCAUCAUGGAGGUGAUGAACCUGAUUGAACAACCCAUCAAGGUGACCGAGUGGCAGCAGACGUAUACCUACGACUCAGGCAUCCACUCCGGUGCCAACACCUGUGUGCCCUCAGUCAGCAGCAAGGGCAUCCUGGAGGACGAUGAGGCCUGUGGGAGGCAGUACACGCUCAAGAAGACCACCACCUAUACACAAGGGGCACCCCAGAACCAAGGUGACCUGGAAUACCAGAUAUCCACAACAGCCAGAGCCAAGCGGGUACGGGAGGCCAUGUGCCCAGGUGUGACGGGUGAGGACAGCUCCCUGUUGUUGGCCACCCAGGUGGAAGGACAGACCACCAACCUGCAGCGACUGGCUGAGCCGUCCCAGCUGCUCAAGUCCGCCAUUGUGCAUCUCAUCAACUACCAGGAUGAUGCUGAGCUGGCCACCCGGGCCCUGCCUGAGCUCACCAAGUUGCUCAACGAUGAGGACCCGGUGGUGGUAACCAAGGCAGCUAUGAUUGUGAACCAGCUGUCCAAGAAGGAGGCAUCUCGCCGGGCCCUGAUGGGCUCACCCCAGCUGGUGGCAGCCGUGGUGCGCACCAUGCAGAACACCAGUGACCUGGACACAGCCCGCUGUACCACCAGCAUCCUGCAUAAUCUCUCCCACCACCGCGAGGGGCUGCUGGCCAUCUUCAAGUCUGGAGGCAUCCCUGCCCUGGUCCGCAUGCUCAGUUCCCCUGUGGAGUCUGUUCUAUUCUACGCCAUCACCACGCUGCACAACCUGCUGCUCUACCAGGAGGGUGCCAAGAUGGCUGUGCGCCUGGCAGAUGGGCUGCAGAAGAUGGUUCCCCUGCUCAACAAGAACAACCCUAAGUUUUUGGCCAUCACCACUGAUUGCCUGCAGCUUCUGGCCUAUGGCAACCAGGAGAGCAAGUUGAUCAUCCUGGCCAAUGGGGGGCCCCAGGCGCUCGUGCAGAUCAUGAGGAGCUACAGCUAUGAGAAACUGCUCUGGACCACCAGCCGUGUGCUCAAGGUGCUCUCCGUGUGUCCCAGCAAUAAGCCUGCCAUCGUGGAGGCUGGUGGGAUGCAGGCUCUGGGCAAGCACCUGACAAGCAACAGCCCCCGUCUGGUGCAGAACUGCCUGUGGACCCUGCGCAAUCUCUCGGAUGUGGCCACCAAGCAGGAGGGCCUGGAGAGUGUGCUGAAGGUCCUGGUCAACCAGCUGAGUGUGGAUGAUGUCAACGUCCUUACCUGUGCCACAGGCACCCUCUCCAACCUGACCUGCAACAACAGCAAAAACAAGACACUGGUAACACAGAACAGUGGUGUGGAGGCGCUCAUCCAUGCCAUCCUGCGUGCUGGUGACAAGGAUGAUAUCACAGAGCCUGCUGUCUGUGCCCUGCGCCACCUCACCAGCCGCCAUCCUGAGGCUGAGAUGGCCCAGAACUCUGUGCGCCUCAACUACGGCAUCCCAGCCAUUGUCAAAUUGCUCAACCAGCCCAACCAGUGGCCACUGGUCAAGGCAACCAUCGGCCUGAUCCGGAAUCUGGCCCUGUGCCCAGCCAACCAUGCCCCACUGCAGGAGGCAGCGGUUAUUCCCCGCCUUGUCCAGCUGCUGGUCAAGGCCCAUCAGGAUGCCCAGCGCCAUGUGGCUGCAGGUACCCAACAGCCUUACACGGAUGGUGUGAGGAUGGAGGAGAUCGUGGAGGGCUGCACCGGAGCUCUGCACAUCCUUGCCCGGGAUCCGAUGAACCGCAUGGAGAUCUUCCGGCUCAACACCAUUCCCCUGUUUGUACAGCUCCUGUACUCGUCUGUGGAGAACAUCCAGCGUGUGGCUGCCGGGGUGCUGUGCGAGCUGGCCCAAGACAAGGAGGCGGCAGAUGCCAUUGAUGCCGAGGGCGCCUCGGCCCCUCUCAUGGAACUGCUCCACUCCCGCAAUGAGGGCACUGCAACCUAUGCUGCUGCUGUCCUGUUCCGCAUCUCCGAGGACAAGAACCCAGAUUAUCGUAAGCGUGUGUCUGUGGAACUCACCAACUCCCUCUUCAAGCAUGACCCGGCUGCCUGGGAGGCUGCCCAGAGCAUGAUCCCCAUCAACGAACCCUAUGCAGAUGACAUGGAUGCCACCUACCGCCCCAUGUACUCCAGCGAUGUACCCCUCGACCCCCUGGAUAUGCACAUGGACAUAGAUGGAGACUACCCCAUGGACACCUACAGCGAUGGCCUGAGGCCCCCCUACCCUACUGCGGACCACAUGUUGGCCUAGCCGGCUCCACCUCAGAACUGUUCCUUACCUGGGAAGCUGUCAAGCAGGCUGUGGGAUGAGACAGAAAAGUGCCUGAGCCGUGGGAGCCAGCCUCGACUUCCUGCUGAGCCCAUGCUCCAGAGGGUUCCUCCGUAGGGUUUCUUGGGAUGGUCUUCUGCUUUUGCCACCCUCUCCCUGUCCCUAUGGCUCUGGCCACUAAAGCUUUAGACUCAGCCUGUGUCCCUCCACAAUACCCCUCUCUGCCCAUCUCCAGGGUCUCCAGGGCUUCCAUUUUUUCUGGGGCUGAUUUUCUCACUGAACUCCAGCAUCUGAAUGCCCUGACCUCUCAGGGUAUAUAAGACCAAGGUUCAAGACCCAAAGCCCCAACAUCCAAAGCUUCUCUUGAAAAGUUGAGGGACCUUCCAGGAGAAUGGAAGAUGGAGAUUCUGUGAGACAGCGCCCCCUGCAGGAGUGGUACCUCUCUCCAGGAUGCUAAGUCUGCUUUGCCUCUCCCCUGGGGAGCUCUAGGAACAGCUCUCUCCAACCCUGCCCCACACUGGCCCAGCUGAUCUGCAGAAGUGCUCUUGCUGACCCCUCUGGUGUGUGGUGAGGGGCUUUUUUCUUCUCCUUCCUGUUUUAGACCCACUGCACAUGGGUGUGGGGGGCGGCGGGAGGAAGAGACCCAACAGAGAGUUUUAUGAUCGCUUUAUGUUGGUUAUUGGUUUUCUUUUUUUUUGUAUAGACCAAAGCAAAGAAAAUAAAAUAACACACAGAUCCAA